ACCUGCAGCAGUCUUUCGACGGACUUCUGUAGCCUCGUUUGGUAUUUUACGUUGAAGGCUAAAAGCACCAUCUUCUCAAGCAAUGCCAGAAUGUAUGCAGAGCAGCACACAGAACCGCAGUUUGUGUGGAGAACACGAACGAAGGAAAGAGAAAAAGAUACCAGACUGGCAGCGAUCCCAAGCUGCUCACAUGCUGAUGUUCAAGACAGCACAUGUGUGUGCCACAUGAGCAGAGAGUACCAAGAGUAUAAGAACUGUAUACAUGGCUCUGAAGUUGAGGCCACAACCAUGCAAGCAUAUACACACAGUAAAUGCUCAAGGCAGUUAAAGAAAAGCACAUGCCAAAGACUUAGGAGCAGCUGGCCCCAAAUUCUGGCCUCAACACACCAUGUGAAAUUGAACAUGUGUGGACUAGGUUUGACUCCCUUCAGAUGCCUCUGGAACACAAUAAUAUCUCACUGGGGAAAGAAAAAGAAAAACACAGCAAUAUUCUUCCAAAUACAAUGCUCUCAAUCCAGAAGAAAAAUGAGUACUAGCACAGUAGGUGGUCGCCUUCCUGCUGAAUCACUAUCAAUGCCUGCACCAUCUGGAUUUUCCUUGGAGACCUCCUAUCCAAGAACUGACAAGACCAAAUCUUAUUUAUGUGACGAGAUCAUAUGUAUGCAAGCAAAUCUAGUAUCAUUUGUUAAGUUUACAAAUACUGUAUGAAACAACUAGUGUGUAAGUAGGCUUUAUGAAAUUCUAUGUCAGUGAAAUUUUGUGUAUUAUUCAGUUUACAUACACUUGUAAGAAAAAUGUACCCAGUAAAUAAAAUAAGAUUUCAUUUUUGUUGGAAAAAAAAUAUAAAAAGUUAUUUUACUAAAAAUGAAUAAUUAAUGUAAUUAUUGCCUGUGCCCAUUUUUUUUCAUCAUGCAGAACAUCCAAAAGCAGUAGGUCAAGAGGUAGCAUAGCAGCCUACAAAAACUGAAUUAAACAGAGCUUAUACAAUGAAAUUAAAUAUUUUGUGCCCAAAAGCUUUGAUUUAUUAGGUAAUUUAACUUUUUAACUGCAGCUUAAUUUCAUUCUGUUUAGAAUUUGAGAAAAAUGUAUAUCCAUGUUCAAAGGAUUUUAAAGAGAAACUGGUAUUUUUUAAACCCUGAAACAAUGCAUAUAUGUUUUAGAAGAACCUAAAUUACAAACAGACAUCUAUAAAGAAUUAUGAAUGAUAACUGAGAGCAGCAAGCAUUUCAAAUCUCUGAGCAAUGUAGCCAUCACAAAUAUCCCAUAUAACUCAGAAUGAAAGUUAUAUAUUUCAUUACGUACAGUUUUAUACUAAUAUCCAAAAAUAGGGAAGUAGUGGAAAAUCAAGUUCAGAAGUUCAUAUCUAGGUUUAAUACAAACUGAACGAAAUUACAAGGCACUAUAGUUCUGACCUCCUACUCGCUCAUGAAUCUUUCAUGGUAUCAAAAUACUUCUUCCCUCUUUUUUUAUAGUCAGUAAUCUGGCUACUUUCCCAAAGAAGCAUUUUUCUACUAAUCUAAAUGUUACCUACUAGUUUCUCUCUUUUCUUUUUUUUAUUUGCUAUUUUUUCAUUAUCAUUAAUACACAUACACUGGAUAAAUACUUUAGAUAACCAAUUGAGGAGCAGCACCUCUGCAUAAAGAGAAGCCAGAACAAGAUUUCCUCCACUGCACCACUCAGGCUAUCUAAAUUAGAAGGCAUUCUCUAUAGAUCUACAACUGCAUGGUGAUAAGGCAUUCCUAGAGUUGAACCAAGCCUCAAGCUAUGAAAAAUAACUUUAAUCCCUACUUGUUCAGUAGUGUUAAGGAUGAUGUUGAAGUCUGAAUCUGAGAAAUGAGCUGCACUGGCAGCUGCUCUCAAGUAUGCUUGCUUUAUAGCUCAAGCUGGCCUCUGCAUGCUGAAGUCAGCAGCUCUUAUUAUACUACUGAAGAGACUCAGUGUAGCUCAGGUGUUGAACUCAGUUGUGAAAGCACAAUUUUCAACUGCCUAAAGAAUAAACGGACAUUUCUAGUGACUGCAAUAGAGACAAUAACAAUUUUCAUAAUGUACACAUACAGUACUCAUAGCCUUCCAAGAUUGUUGAUGACUAUUGCCUUCUCCGUGGCAAGAACACUGCAGCACAAAUGAUGCCUUCUUACAAACAUUUCAUU